AUGGACUACAGUUAUGAUGCGGACCUGGAAGAGAUGUGUCCGGUGUGUGGGGAUAAAGUUUCUGGCUAUCAUUACGGUUUAUUAACCUGCGAGAGCUGCAAGGGUUUCUUUAAGAGGACAGUACAGAAUAACAAACGGUACACAUGUGCAGAGAGUCAGGACUGUAAGAUUGAUAAAACCCAGAGGAAACGGUGUCCUUUCUGCCGUUUCCAGAAAUGUCUCAACGUCGGGAUGCGACUGGAAGCUGUCCGUGCGGAUAGGAUGCGAGGGGGCCGCAACAAAUUCGGCCCCAUGUAUAAGCGAGACCGGGCGUUAAAGCAGCAGAAGAAAGCUCUCAUCCGGGCCAGUGGCUUAAAGAUGGAAGUCACGCCCCCUUUGCUGACAUCACCACAACCUGACUACACCUUUAGCACAGCUUUGUCUGUGCCAGCUCCGAAAAACACCCACCCAAACAUCGUCACCUCUGUGGCACCCACUGAUUACGAACGCAGUCUCUACGCAUCCAGUUCCCUGAGUUUAUCCGUCCCUAUCCCGGCCCACACUCCUCUGCCAGCACAAUACCCCUACCCAAAUCUGCCCAGCCGCGCCAUAAAGUCAGAGUAUCCCGACCACUACACAAGCUCAGAGCAUUACACCAGCGCCAGCUCCCCAGAGUCAGUGCCAGGCUACACGUAUAUCGAGCAGACGCGGGUGUCCAGCAGCCCGCAGGUGGCGCCGCCAGUUUUAACAGUGCCGCCUUUGGUUCUGGAGUUUGUUCGCUGUGAGCAGGAUGAGCUCCAGGUGCAAAGCAAGAUAAGCGCUCACCUGGCGCACCUGCAGCAGGAGCAGAACUCACGGAGCACGGCAGCCAAUCAGGAGCAGAGCUCACGCCUCGCAACCAAACCCGAGCGGCUCAGCACCUUUGGCCUGAUGUGCCACAUGGCUGACCAGACGCUCUUCUCUAUCGUGGAGUGGGCACGAAGCUGCAUCUUCUUUAAGGAGCUUAAGGUUGGAGAUCAGAUGAAGUUGCUGCAUAACUGCUGGAGUGAACUUCUAGUGCUGGACUAUGUUGCCAGACAGUUACAUCAUGGGAAAGAGGACAGUGUGCUUCUCAUUACUGGACAGGAGGUGGAGCUUGCAUCUCUCCUGGCCCAGGCAGGGGUCACUCUUAGCGGGAUGAUCCAGAGAGGACAGGAGCUGGUGCAGCGUCUACAGGAGCUUCAGCUGGACCGCAGAGAAACCGCCUGCCUCAAAUACCUCAUCCUCUUUAACCCAGAUGUGAAACUGUUGGAAAACCAGCCUUACGUGGAGAGUGUGUACGAGCAGGUGAACGCCGCGCUGCUGGAGUACACGCUGUGCGCAUAUCCGCAAUUCCCGGACAGGUUUAGCCAAAUUCUGCUGCGCCUUCCUGAGCUCAGAGCGCUGAGUUCGCAAGCCGAAGACUACCUGUGCUACAAACACCUGAGCGGAGAGGUGCCCUGCAACAACCUCCUCAUAGAAAUGCUGCAUGCCAAGAGAACCUGCAUUUGA